CAUUCCCCCCCCGCAGUGAAGGACGCGGACGGCGUGCUGUGCCGUUACAAGAAGAUCCUCACCACGUUCCAACGCCUGAAGAGCAUGAGCCGAGCCUUCGAGCACCACCGCGUGGACCGGAACACGGUGGCCCUGACCACCCCCAUCGCCGAGCUGCUGCUGGUGGCCCCGGAGAAGCUGGCGGAGGUCGGGGAGUUCGACCCGGCCAAGGAGCGGCUGCUGGAUUAUUCGCGCCGCUGCUUCCUCGCCCUGGACCCGGCCACCCUGCAGAAGGUGCAGGCGCUGAAGAAGAGCAAACUGCUGCUGCCCAUCACCUACCGCUUCAAGCGGUGAGGGGGGCGGGGGGCGAGGGACCCCCGAAAGGCUCGGAGCCCCCGUUUGUGUGCACUGAAGUGGGGGGGACCCAGGGAGCCCCCGACCCCAAAGAAACCCCCACCCCCCCAGCCCCCGUUCCGCCCCCGAUGCCUGGGCCCGUCUGUGUUCCUCAGCAUUGGGGGGUGGGGGACGAGGGGCCCCCGAAGGGCUGGGAGCCCCCAUUUGUGCGCCCUGAAAUGGGGGGAAGCAGAGAACCCCUCCCCCAUCCCAGUGACCCCUCUGUGUUCCUCAGCAUGGGGGGGGACGGACCCCUCACAGCCCCCAGAACGUCCCCAAGAUGGGGGUAGGACCUUCAAAGUGCCCCCCUCCUCCCUCCCCCCCAACUGCUUGGACCCCCCCACAGUCCCCAAAAUAGCCUCCAAAGGACCCUCCUUCAUUACCCAA